AUGGCCUUCCGCAGCUGGAAAUGGCUCCUUCUCUUGGGCAGGCAGAACACCUUUGCCAAGGCUUGGAGGAGCAGGAGGGGAGGCCCUGCUCUACGCUGGAAGCGCUGCUGCCAUUGGGGCACUGGCAAGUCUUUGGACCCUGAGGUGAGAGCAUUUUUGGAGGAGAAUACAGAGGUCACCAGCAGUGGGCACCUCACGCCAGAGAUACGACUGCGCCUCCUCACCCCUCGCUGCAGGUUCUGGAGGGAAAAACCUGACCUGUGGCCUUAUGGGGAUCCAUUCUGGGCAAUUUACUGGCCAGGAGGCCAAGCCCUCUCCAGGUAUAUUUUAGAUAAUCCAUGUGUUGUUAAAGGACGAUCAGUUCUGGAUCUUGGAAGUGGAUGUGGAGCUACAGCAAUAGCUGCUGUGAUGAGUGGUGCAUCACAAGUCCUUGCUAAUGACAUUGACCCUAUUGCAGGAAUGGCAAUGAUCUUGAAUUGUGAACUGAACCGCCUGACUCCCUUCCCCAUCACCAUUAAGAACAUCAUUAAUUCAGAGGCUGGCAACUGGGACCUCAUUGUUCUAGGAGAUAUGUUUUAUGAUGAAGAACUUGCUGAUGGUCUGCAUCACUGGCUGAGGAAAAGCAUCAGGAUACAGCAAACUGAAGUGCUGAUUGGUGACCCUGGCAGACAUCAGUUUUUAAACCACAGCAUUCGCAGCCAAUUGCACAAAGUUAUAGAAUAUUCCCUUCCCGAGUACACUAGACAAGAAAACAAUGGAUUAACAUCAAGUAUUGUCUGGAGUUACCAGCCCUCAGAAAGCUGUUGA